UAACAAGGGCUUCCUCUACAACUGUAAUAUAAUAGUAUGAUAAUGGAUUUUCUAUCUACUAUAGUUCUUACCUUACAGGAUUUUGUAAAGCAGUAUAUCAUUCCCUGUACUCCCACUUGGUCUCACUCCUCACUGCUGCUCUGUGCACACUCUCACUCCCACUCACUUCUGCUGUGGCUCUACAUGCAAUGUUCUGUUCAUUAAGAAAUGUGUUCAACUUUGAAUAGCAUAUAAAUAGUCUAGUGAUAGAAAUCAACAUUUUCUAUCAACUCUACAGCUAAUACUCCAGUCAUGAUUCAACAGCCAUGCCAUUCUGCUAGGCCUAAUGUCUACCAAGAGGGCACUAUGUUGCGUUAUGCCUGUGUUGUGGUUAAAACGGAUGUGGGAGUCCUCAUUUACUUCAUGUAAGGAUAAUGCAACUUUGUUAGAGAUAAAUAUUUUUAAAAACUUGUUUGGUUUGACGGGCUACACAUUCUUCUUAUGUUGUUGCUAAAAUUGAACGAAACAAAAGAAAACAUUCAGAAGACCAUAUCCUUAAAAUUGAGAUAAACAAAAAUGUGUAGACCUACAUUGGUCUAGAUAUUCACCAUAUUUACUUGUGUAAAUGACCAAGUGGAUCACAUUGUUUACUACAUGGGAUCAGAGUUUCAAAUAAUCUUAGUUUGUUUCACUUUGAAAGCCCUGGGACACGCACCGCACCUCAUGUGGCGCGCAGUAAGCCUCUUACAACUAGUAACACACCAAAUGCAGAGGAUGCCAAUCAAGAGACCAUGGGGCGUGGAGAAAUUUAAAGGCAGUCUUGCGUUUACAGUACACUACACGAGUUUAGCUGUAGCUUACCCAAAUUGUUAUUUCUCUAAAUUUCUAUGACUUACUGACAGAAACGGACAUUCAGGUGCGUGCUGGUUCGAUACACUUUGGGAAGUGAACCAACAUAUGGGAUUUCAAGGUGCAAAGAUCCAGACGGCUCUGGCUUUUUUGAAGCGUUAUUCCUCGUGAAUUGGGCCAGUUAUUCAACGGCACAAUGCUUCCACAAGAUAUAGGAGUUCAGAAACCCCGUCGGAUCUCGGAUCCGUCUCCACCGGUACCACCACGGCGGUGGUCGGGCUCCGUACCUGAGCGCAAGGUGAACUGCGUCCUCGUCGGAGAUGGAGCGGUGGGGAAGACAAGUCUUAUCGUCAGCUACACCACAAAUGGUUAUCCGACAGAAUACAUUCCAACAGCUUUCGACAACUUUGCAGCUAUGGUUGUGGUGGACAGAAAACUUGUGAGACUGCAACUCUGUGAUAUGGCUGGCCAGGACGAGCUGGACCGGAUCCGCCCUCUAUGCUACCACAAUGCCAAUGUCUUCUUACUCUGCUACAGCGUGGUGCGCCCCACCUCCUUCCGCAACGCUACCAACCGCUGGGCGCCCGAGAUCCGCCGUCACUGCCCCGGGGCGCCCAUGGUCCUGGUGGGGACCCAUCUGGACCUGAGGGAAGACGUCCAGGUGCUGGUCCAGCUGGCCAGGAAUCAGGAGCGGCCCGUGGGCACCAAGGAGGCCCAGCAGCUGGCGCAGGAUAUCGGGGCCGUGUCCUUCGUAGAGUGCUCGGGUCUGACCCAGAAGAACCUGAAGGAGGUGUUUGACCAGGCCAUCUUGGCCAGCAUCCAGCCGGUGGAGAACGUUCAGCAGCUCCAGCAGAGGCGGAGCCUGAGGAAGAAGACCCCGGAUAAGAUUAAGAGUCUCUCUGAGACUUGGUGGAAGAAGCUGAGCUGUGUUGUUGUGGCAGGAGAGUGUGUGGGAGGAGAGUUUGACUGAACCCCCAAGCAGGUGUUUAGGAUUUGACAUUUUUCUAAGCUUGUAUUUAGUCUUUAGUUUUUUUCACUCCAUAUAUAAUAGCACUCAGGAAAACAGACCUGGAUCAAUAGUAUGUUGGAAAAAAUGUAAAUGUAUUAUCCAAAGACUCAUGGAAUUAUUUAAUAUCUAAAAAGGAGAAGCACUAAAAAGAAUUAUCAUUGCUGGCAAGAUAAUGAAUGAGUUUCAGCGUCAGUGAUACCUUAUAUUAACUACGGGUAGGACAAGGUUUUGUGUUCAAAGGCCUUGACGAGGGCACAACAAGUCUGAAUUAAGUGAUUGGAUUUGAGUUAGCAAAUCCAAUAGCUGGGGAGACUACUAAUGAAAUGACUGACUUCACAAUGAUCUCUGUGUUAUUCUGUGUAACCCACAUCAAGGGUCAAAGGUCACCAUUGGAGAAUGUUGUGGAGGACUACAAGAAACUAGCCAGUAGAAACUCUAACCCCAAACCAUAAACUUACUUUGUCUGCCAUUUUGACAAAGUCUCUCAAUGUUAUUUACUAACCUAUAUCAGAUCAUGUAC